CACCCUGAGCAGCUGACAAGCCAGCAGUGUGCCACUGAACCCAGCACAGUGUACACGAGGAUGGCUUGUGUGGCUGAGCUGAGAGGAGCUGGCCUCCCUAGGAAGCCCCUGGGGGAUGCACUUUGUCUUUGCUGUUCAAUAGAUGAAGAGAUGCAUUUCAGAGCCAGCUGUGCCGCUGGGCAGGGCACAGGGCUCCUGGAUGCAGGAUACAAAAGCAUCCUGGUGCAAAAGCCUGGGCAAAAUCCUGAAGUACUCUUGGCAACACAGGGUGUACUGGGAGCAACCCCAACCUGAGCCCACUGUGGGGGCUGCUGCAGGGAACCCAGCAUGAGGCUGCUUUCUGCCCUCACUUGUCCUGCUGCUUACUGUGCCUCCAGGGGGAAGGAAUAAUGUGGGCAGUGGCUGCUGAACAGGAUGGGAUUCAGUCUAGUGCCAGCAGGAAAUUUCACCACUGUUCCAAACUCAGCUGUGGCUCUCAGCAUAGCUGAGUGCCACUCCCUGCGCUGGGCUCGGGACAGAACUGUGGUGCACAGAAAAGGGGGCUGCCAGGGGACAGCAGUGCCUGACAGCCCCCUACUUUUGGCAGGUACCCACAUCAUCUACGGCCGCAAGUUCCUGCUGGAGUGCAAGAAUUCGCCCGGGGCCAGGACCCUUCCCUGCUGCCUGCCCCAGAUCCCCGGUGUCACCUCCCUGGCCCAGUCCAGCCUCGUCAAGCUGGAGGAGCACAAGGAGCAGAAUGAGAGUGAAGAAGCCAUGCCAGGUGAGCAGACCAGAUCAAGACCAGUUUGAGAUGGACAACUGAGUUUCCAGCUUCAUGUCUCCAGGCCGUGGCUGGGCCUGUUCCUGGGCCUUGUGGAGGUGCUGGCACUGUGACCAGCUGGCUGCAGCCCUCUCUGAUGCUGGGGAUGAAUGUGUGACACCUCAGGCUCUAGCACAACUAGUUGGUGCAACUGCCUCGGAGCUCAUGCUUGAUUAAUAAACACCAUGAAACCCCUUUG